UGAGCUAUGAAUUUGGGCUGCCUGGUAGCCACAGUCCUCGUGCUUCAGCUGCUUCGGCCUCCGAUCGACGUCGCAGCGCUACCCUCAGUCGUCAAGAUUGGUGCCAUAUUCACUCAUGACCAAAAGGAUAGCAGUACGGAGCUGGCCUUCAAGUAUGCCGUGUACAAGAUCAACAAGGAGCGGCUCAUCCUGCCGAAAACGACGCUCGAGUACGAUAUACAGUACGUGCCGAAAGAUGACUCUUUCCACGCGUCGAAAAAGGCGUGUCAACAGGUCAAAUAUGGCGUACAGGCGGUGUUCGGCCCGUCGGACCCAAUCCUGGGCCAGCACAUUCACAGCAUUUGCGACGCACUGGACAUUCCACACUUGGAAGCCAGGCUGGACCUGGACACGGAGGCGAAAGAGUUCAGCAUCAACCUGUAUCCCGCACAAAGUUUGCUCAACGCCGCUUAUCAGGACAUCAUGGAGUUUCUCAAUUGGACCAAGGUCGCUAUUAUCUACGAGGAUGACUAUGGACUGGUGAAGCUACGAGAGCUCGUCAGGUCGCCGAAGUCUCGGGAGAUCGAGGUUAACCUCAGGCAGGCCGACCCGGAUUCCUACCGGCAGGUUCUAUCCGAGAUGAAAAGCAAGGAAAUACGGAAUCUCAUCGUGGACACCAAGCCUGAGCACAUGCAUCAUUUUCUCCGAAUGAUCCUGCAGCUGCAAAUGAACGACUACAAGUACCACUAUCUCUUCACGACUUUCGAUAUCGAGACCUUCGACCUCGAGGACUUCAAGUACAAUUUCGUCAAUAUCACUGCCUUCCGUCUGGUCGACGCCGAGGACGUCGGUGUGCGGGGUAUACUGAGGGACAUGGAGCGGUACCAGCCAUCCGGGAAUACGAUCCUCAACAAAUCGAGAGUUAUACAGGCGGAACCAGCGUUGAUCUACGACAGCGUGCAAGUGUUCGCUGUUGGAUUAAGGACCCUGGAACAGUCGCAUGCGUUAAGGCCCGCGAACAUCUCCUGCGAGCUCGAGCACCCUUGGGACGGCGGGCUGUCUCUCAUCAACUACAUAAACUCGGUGGAGAUGAAGGGCAUAUCCGGGCCGAUCGAGUUCAAAGAAGGCCGUAGGAUUCAAUUCAAACUGGACCUGUUGAAACUGAAGCAACACUCGCUCGUUAAGGUCGGUGAAUGGCGUCCAGGCGCCGGCGUGAACGUGACCGACACCGCAGCGUUCUUCGAGCCGGGCACCGCGAACGUCACUCUGCUCGUGAUCACGAUCCUGGAGCAGCCGUACGUAAUGCUGAAGAGCCGAGGGAAUUUCAGCGGGAACGCACGUUACGAGGGCUUCUGCAUCGACCUACUCAAGGAGAUAGCUCACAUGGUGGGCUUCGCGUACAGGAUCGAGCUCGUGCCGGACGGCAAGUACGGCGUUUACGAUUACGAGACCGGUGAAUGGAACGGAAUAGUCAGGCAGCUGAUGGACAAGAAAGCAGACUUGGCAGUCGGCUCGAUGACCAUCAAUUACGCCCGGGAGAGCGUGAUCGACUUCACGAAGCCGUUCAUGAACCUCGGGAUCUCGAUCCUCUUCAAGGUGCCGACCAGCCAUCCAGCCCGUCUAUUCUCCUUCAUGAAUCCAUUGGCCAUUGAGAUCUGGCUGUACGUCCUGGCUGCGUACGUCCUCGUCUCGGUGACGAUGUUCGUCGUUGCGCGAUUCAGCCCGUACGAGUGGAACAAUCCACAUCCCUGCCACCCUGGCUCCGAAGUCGUCGAAAACCAGUUCUCGCUGGCCAACAGCUUCUGGUUCACCAUCGGCACUCUGAUGCAGCAAGGCAGCGAUCUAAAUCCUAAGGCUACGAGCACACGUAUCGUCGGUGGCAUCUGGUGGUUCUUCACCUUGAUAAUCAUCUCGUCGUACACUGCCAAUCUCGCGGCGUUCCUCACGGUUGAAAGGAUGAUAACGCCGAUCGAGAACGCGGAGGAUCUCGCCGGUCAGACGGAUAUCGCUUAUGGGACCCUAGACAGCGGAAGUACCAUGACAUUCUUCAGGGACUCGAUGAUCGAGACUUACAAAAAAAUGUGGCGAUUCAUGGAAAACAAGAAGCCGUCGGUGUUCGUGCCCACUUACGAGGAAGGAAUUCAGAGGGUCCUUCAGGGAGAUUACGCUUUCCUGAUGGAAUCAACCAUGUUGGAUUAUAUCGUGCAGAGGGACUGCAAUCUUACUCAGAUCGGCGGACUGCUCGACAGCAAAGGAUACGGAAUCGCCACGCCCAUGGGUUCUCCUUGGCGCGACAAGAUAUCCCUGGCGAUUCUAGAGCUGCAAGAGAAGGGCGAGAUCCAGAUGCUGUACGACAAAUGGUGGAAGAGUCCAGGCGACACUUGCAUGAGGACCGAAAAGGGAAAGGAGAGCAAGGCGAACUCUUUAGGUGUAGACAAUAUAGGCGGAGUCUUUGUCGUCCUUCUGUGCGGCCUGGCGUUCGCCGUGCUGAUCGCGAUUUUCGAGUUCUGCUACAAUUCGAGGAGGAACACGCCGGCGGAACGGAGAGCUCCGAUAUCGACGCCAGCCUGCUCGGGUUCUCUGCAAGGGAUCUCCCAGUCCGUGCAACAGCAGCAACAGCAACAACAAGCGCCACAGCCACAACAACAACAACAACAGCAACAACAACAACAACAGCAGCAGAACCACCAGCAAGAGUCCCUGUGCUCGGAAAUGGCGCGAGAACUGUGCCGCGCGUUGCGCUGCGACGCUUCGUCGCGACGCCGACGUGCCUGCGAGAAAUGCACGACCAACGUGCUUGGCUAUCCGCCUGACAACCCCACUGCCACCCCCCUGAACGGGAUGAGAUCCCAGAGAAGCAGCCUGGGUGUUCCCACGGUCGAACUGCCGCCACACCUUCAUAUGCAUCACCAUACACCACCGCCACCAGCGCCCCACGACUACGACGGGACUUAGCCACCACGUGUAUCACACUUCACGCGUACGUGAUUCUCACCUGAAACGGUAACCAAAGUGAAGGGAGGUGACGACAGAGAGGGCGCCGAGAACAUGAAACGACAGAGAAGCAAGUA